AUGGACAGAACGAAGCCGUCUCCGAAGACGCCGGACGAGUCUCGGCUGGUGGUUGCCGGGCGUAAUCUGCGCAGACGGUCAAAACGCUCGUCCCGCGCCUGUGAACGCUGCCACCGCCGGAAGGUCCGCUGUGAUGGGGCGAUCAGUGGGUUUCCGUGCACGAAUUGUCGUCUGGAUCAGUAUCCUUGUACACUGCAGCCAACGCUUCGCCAGACGUCGAGGGUGAAGCAAUUGUUCAAGGCUCCUAUCAGGAAUGCACAGCGCGGGACGUUGCCACAGGCUAAAUACAGGAGCAACAUCGGUACAAUCACCAAAGGCUCCUUACUGUUCGACUAUCCCUGUCUCGACGCAUCAGGCUUGAAACGAUUGACGCAUGAAAAGAUAGUCUUACUGGAAACACACGGCUGUCUGCGCGUGCCCAGCAGACAUGCGCUCGACGCUCUCGUCAAACACUAUUUCCUCUAUGUACAUCCUUGUCUACCGUUGCUCGACGAAGCGGCCUUCUGGCGGGAGUAUCGAUGUACCAAAGCCGGUGGAAGCGGGAUAUCCAUCGUGCUGUUUAGGGCCAUGUUAUUUGCUGCAUCUCCACUCCUCUACGAAAGCGGCGCAGAAACUGACCCCCUCACCAUCGCUCAAACCACUCUCCUACUCUCCUACUACACCACCGACUCCGAAACAUCAACCAACUCGACGUGGCUGAAAAUCGCCAUCGACUCCGCCAAAGAAGGAAACGCCCACCUAUAUUACAGCGUCCCGUCACCCGGUGGCAAGAACAGCACCGAUCUCAAACGCGUAUGGUGGUGUUGCCUAAUCCGCGAUCGUCUGAUAUCUCUGGGCAUGCGACGGCCGAUACAAAUCACCCCCGAUGAAUAUGAGCCACCGCAACAAGGACUGACGUUUGACGACCUUCAGGAUGAAGCAUUCCACUCCGAGGUGUAUGGCCUAGAUACCAAGGCCGCACUGAGUCAAGUGCUCGCUAGCCUGUGUCAUUUUGUCGUGACGGUGACCGAUAUGGCAAUGAUUGUGUAUCCUUCCGCCAGGUCUCGCCAGUCCGACCGAGAAGGCCCUCGGGUGAAAUUAGAAAAGCUGGAGCGGGCGAAGUCAGCGCUUUUACAAUGGGAGCUCAAUUGGCUGGAACAUAUGGAGGGGAAGGACUUUUAUCUGCAUUCUUCUCUUGCCCUGUGCUGCAAUCUGCUCUCCAUAUAUUACCAGUCUGCUCGCAUGGCCGUCUCCAACCAUAUGUGUCGAUUGAUAACCAUGGUGAAGUCGCUGGAAUAUGAGGACUUGAAACGAAUCGAGGCGUGUCGGUCAGACCUAGUGACGGCUAUCGGAUCAACGGCACAAAAAGUCAAGGAACUCAUCAUCCACGGAGUUGCCGACAAACUCCCAAUAAGCGCCGUGGCAUACACAAUGCUACCACAAAUCCUCCUGAGUAUCGAGUCGGAGCUUUCAAAGACGCCAGAAGACAAGCAAAAGCGCGAAGUCAUGCUUGUCCUCUUCGUGGAGAUCAACCGCAUCUUCAGCUCGAGAUACUACACCAGACGGAUUCUAGACAUUACCUGGAGAGCCCUCCAGCUGUGCCAAAAGGCCAGCAUGUCCGACGAAGAGGCCAACAGGACAGGUCUAGCGCUCCGCCCAGACUGCUCUCCCCUCCUCUUCGAGCUCCGUCUUACACAUUAUGUGCGACUUCUUCGAUAUAUUGACGAAGUCAUGUCAACCCUGGACCACCCCGUGGAGAAAGUGUCCAUGCUGUGUCCUGUUGAUCUGGCUCUGUCAGACCACGUUGACAAACUAGGGCCAGCCAUCCCUACGUGGAUGGAGUCAAUGGAGGAGACGUAUCUCGGCCGGGAGGCCCUGCACACUUGGUCAUCGUCCUUGUUUCUCUUGUGGAACCCAGCGGACGACGCCUCGAACGCUUCCGCGGAUAGCAAUGAAUCGAAUGAAGACGCGGAUGCGUUCCAGCAGAUACUGGAAUGCCUACCGUUACUUGGGGAGUAG